AAGGGUGCAUUCAAGAUCAUAUGUUUCUGGGACGUUGCUGCAACAGCAAUUUCCAAAACUACGAAUCCCAGGGAACCUCACCCCGCGUUCUAUGUCAAUAUGGCCACUGUCAGACAGACAAAGGCACAUCAAUCUCGCCACGAAAUGAAAUUAGCAGACUAGAGGAGGACGGCUGUCAUUGUGAAAACCAUCUGGUGCCUGUUCCCGUGUCGGGGAUAUAGAAGAGGACUUGUCGCGAGGACCAAUUUAACACCGGGUUAUUAAAUGCUGUGGUGGACGGGGGCCCUAGAUUCUAAGAUCAAGGAUGUCUCGGUAUACCGACGAGCCUCGGUUCACCAUUGAGCAGAUUGACCUGCUCCAGCGGCUGAGGAGGACAGGGAUGACCAAGCCAGAGCUCAUCCACGCCCUGGACAUCCUGGAAAGACUGGAUCACCAGCACGGACACAAGUUCGGACGCCGUCCCCAGCCCGCCUAUCAGGGACCGACGCCCAAUUACAACACUAAUUCAACAUCUUCUUCGGCGUCCUCAUCAACGUCCACGACCGCCACACAGACUGGUUACCUGGAGAAUGGGAGUGGAAGUGGCGGGAAUGACCUGUCGCCGUCGCCUAGCAACAACUAUGAUAUGUCACCGCCCCCUCCGGCGGUUGUAUCCGACCCGGUUGCUAUGGCAGUGGUGGCGCAGAACGGGCAUGGGGUUGGUGGCGGCGAUGAGCUGGUUGCCAUGACGAACGGGAAGUUGUCUCCACCACGGUUUCCUGACAGUGUAGGCGCGGUGAGUGGCGGCGUGACGGGGAGCGGCUACGGGUUUGAGGCCAGCGAGGAGGAACUAGACGUGGACGACAAAGUUGAGGAACUCCUGAGAAGGGACAGUGCCAUAAUCAAGGAGGAGAUCAAGGCAUUCCUGGGGAACAGGCGCAUCUCUCAGGCAGUGGUGGCUCAGGUCACAGGUAUCAGUCAGAGUCGUAUCUCCCAUUGGCUGCUGCAGCAGGGCUCGGACCUUAGCGAACAGAAGAAGAGGGCCUUCUACCGCUGGUACCAGCUGGAGAAGACCACCCCUGGUGCAACUCUGACGAUGCGACCAGCCCCCAUGGCUCUGGAGGACGUGGUGGAGUUGCGGCAGACUCCGCCCCCUAUAAGCUCCACCCCCGGGAGCUUCCGUCUGCGCAGAGGCAGUCGCUUUACCUGGAGGAAAGAAUGUCUGUCUGUGAUGGAGAGUUACUUCAAUGAGAAGCAGUACCCUGAUGAAGCUAAAAGAGAGGAGAUCUCCAACGCCUGCAACGCUGUCAUCCAGAAACCAGGGAAGAAGCUGUCUGAUCUGGAGAAGGUCACGUCUCUGAAGGUCUACAACUGGUUCGCCAACCGCCGCAAAGAGAUCAAGAGACGUGCCAACAUAGAAGCAGCAAUCCUGGAGAGCCAUGGGAUUGAAGUCCAGAGCCCUGGAGGACACUCCAACAGCGACGAAAUCGACGGGAAUGACUUCUCUGACCAGGGCUGUGAGGUUCCUCUGUUUGAGAAGAGAGCUGUGACCAGACCUUUCAGUCUCAGUCGACGAGACCUGUCCUCUCCCACACAGGUUCCCACCCUGCUGCCAAGCUGGCUGGCGGCUUGGCCUGGCUCGGGCAGGGGGGGCUUGGCCGUCCAGAGGGCCAGCUCUCUGAUUUGCCGAUCCUUGCUCUCGGGAGCGAGUCUCGCUCAGGGGGCAGGGACGGAGGGUUCCAGACUGACGGGUGUGUCCUGGUCUGCCCCCUCCCCCCCCUCCCUCCAGGACAACUCCUCCACCAAUCACAGCAAUGCCCUGGAGCACCAGGAUCCCAUCACUCUCGCAGUGGAGAUGGCGGCCGUCAAUCAUAGCAUCCUCGCCCUGGCCACGCAGGCGGGGGGAGGAUUGGCCCUGGGCGGGACAGGCAGUGACAUCAAGACCGAGGUGGUGGAGCCCAACUAGGGGGGGGGACUGUGGAUGAGUGGGAGGGAUGAUCGGGACGGAAAGAUGUGUGUAUACAUGACAGUAUGAACGAGGGAGGGAAAGGUGUGUGUGUGUGUAUGUGUACAUCACAGUAAGAAAGAGGGAGUGAAUACUACUGUUCAAAAGUUUGGGGUCACUUAGAAAUGUCCUUGUUUUUGAAAGAAAAGCACAUUUUUUUUUGUCCAUUUAAAAUGACAUCAAAUUGAUCAGAAAUACUGUAUAGACAUUGUUAAUGUUGUA